CACCGCCGCCAUGAUUCUUGUUUGCUUUCAGUGAGAAGCAGCGGAUACAAAGUGGAGCAGAAACAAAGGAAACGCGCAGUCGGCUUCGUCAACUGGUAUGGUCUUACAGUAUUAUAGGGAUGCCCAAGGAAAAAUAUGAUCCGCCAGACCCAAGGCGGAUGUACACUAUAAUGUCGAGCGAAGAGGCAGCUAGCGGGAAGAAGUCGUACUGGGCCGAACUGGAGAUCAGUGGCAAAGUGAGGAGUCUGAGCACAGCGUUGUGGUCUCUUACCCAUCUGACUGCUUUGCACAUCAGUGACAACUCCCUCUCACGUAUCCCUCCGGACAUUGCCAAACUACACAACCUGGUGUACUUGGACCUCUCAUCCAACAAGAUCAGGAGCUUGCCUGCUGAGCUAGGCAACAUGGUAUCUCUCAGGGAACUGCUUUUAAAUAACAACCAGUUGCGAGUCCUGCCUUUUGAGCUUGGAAAAUUGUUUCAGUUACAAACCUUGGGUUUAAAAGGGAACCCACUUGCACAAGACAUCAUGAACCUCUACCAGGAACCCGAUGGGACGCGCCGGCUCCUGAAUUACCUGCUGGACAAUCUUGCAGGCAAGCGUGUCUCCACAGAACAGCCCCCUCCUCGCUCAUGGGUACAUCUCAAGGAGCCUGACAGGACACGACCAGCAGCAUUGUUCUCUGUGAUGUGCUACAACGUACUGUGCGAUAAGUACGCCACACGCCAGCUCUACGGCUACUGCCCUUCCUGGGCUCUCAACUGGGAGUACAGGAAAAAGUCCAUCAUGCAGGAGAUUCUCAACUGCGGUGCAGAUAUCAUCAGCCUACAGGAAGUGGAGACCGAGCAGUACUACAACUUUUUCCUGGUGGAGCUCAAAGAGCACGGUUAUGAAGGUUUCUUCAGCCCCAAGUCUCGCGCCAGGACCAUGUCGGAGUCUGAUCGCAAACACGUGGACGGCUGUGCCAUCUUCUAUAAGGCAGAGAAGUUCAGCCUUGUGCAGAAACACACGGUGGAGUUUAACCAGCUGGCAAUGGCUAACUCUGAGGGCUCCGAGGUCAUGUUGAACAGGGUGAUGACCAAGGACAACAUCGGGGUCGCCGUGCUCCUGGAACUGCGCAAAGAGAUGAUUGAGCAAUCUGCAGGUAAGCACUUGCCUAGUAUGGAGAAGCAGCUGCUGUUGAUAGCUAAUGCUCACAUGCACUGGGACCCGGAGUACUCUGACGUAAAGCUCGUCCAGACCAUGAUGUUUCUAUCGGAAGUGAAGAACAUUGUGGACAAGGCCACACGCAGCCUCAAGCUCUCCUCUGUGUCCGGCGAGACCAACGCCAUCCCCCUGGUCCUGUGUGCUGAUCUUAACUCGCUGCCUGAUUCGGGUGUGGUGGAGUACCUGAGUACUGGCGGUGUGGACGGCACUCAUAAGGACUUCAAGGAGUUGCGAUAUAUCGACUGCCUGACCAACUUCAACUGUAACGGCAAAAACGGCACAUCCAGCAGCAGGAUCACGCACGGCUUCAAGCUGAAGAGUGCCUACGAGAACGGCCUGAUGCCUUAUACCAACUACACCUUCGACUUCAAGGGCGUGAUUGAUUACAUCUUCUACUCUCAGCCUCUGCUGAACGUGCUGGGUGUGCUCGGCCCACUGGACCCACAUUGGCUCCUCGAGAACAAUAUCACUGGCUGCCCGCAUCCCCACAUCCCCUCAGAUCACUUCUCUCUGUUUGCACAACUCGAGCUGCUCCUGCCCUUCUCGUCUUUGGUCAACGGUCUUCACGUGCCUGGCUGCAGGUAGUUCUCAGAGCUCCGAGGCAGCUAUAGCUCCCGGGGCUCCCCGCCCUCACACCUGACCCUCUGCAGGGAAAGAAUGAGGGAUGGAGCGAGGCAAAGCCUGUUGUUAAUGUUGUUGUUGUACAAAUCUCAGUCCAGUAGGAGGAGUUGGGUAUGGCUAAACUUUUAUUCCUGAUGGAUUUUAACUGACACAGACGUUUGUCAGUCUUAUCUGUACCACCCUGUUUGUUUGUUGUUUUUUUUUUUGUUGUUUUUUUCUGGGCACAAGUACAAUGGUAUGUAAUUUUUCACACUGUAUCCCAAACCGAGAUGGUAUACCUUGUAUAUUUUACCUGAAGACAAUGGCCGACGCUUUUAUAUAUAUAUAUGUAUAAAAUAUGGCAAUACCUUUUCAGACACAAGCAGGGAGUCCAGACCAAGCAAGUUCAUCAGAUUUUCUAUUUUGGUCCAUGCCAAUAUAUAUUCUGUUUUUGUUUUUCCUGAGGCCAGUUCAGAGUGAGCAGCUGAAUUUAUAAAGAAUUGUCGAUCACACCAGCUUUAGAGCGACGAUCACUAAAGUAUAAUAAAGUCCUUGUUAAGUUAAGGGCUUUUUAAGUGUGUGCCGAGAACACGAUCAGGUCACUCUCUCGCUUGUGCUCAUUCACCAUGGUGCUGAGGCAUCUUCUGGUGCAGCAGCUAAGCGGCGUGUAUAAUACGCCUGCAUCAGAGGCUCUGCGCAAGUGCUAAAGGACCGCGUCCAUUCCGGUGCAAUCGGUUUAACCAAGAGCUGCACACAAGUCAGCCAUGUCCAGUGUUUUAAUCCUAUUUAAAAGUGACCCGGAAUUUCCAGGCCCAAAUCGGGCCUCGACGUGUCCAGCAGUAUCAGAGAGAGAUUUAGCAUAGCUUUCGACGUGUACAGGUUGAAUUUUGGGAUGCGCUCAUUACAUAAGCAGCUUAGGCCCGCCUCUCUCACUCUGACCAGUGCAUUGGUUCAUCUAUCAGAAAGGCGUUUCUUUUAGUUCCACACGAUUGUACGGAAACCGCUAAGCUAACCUAACCUUUUUAGUGUACAUACAACCGAUUCCGAUUUGAACACACAAAUGAUUGUAUUGUAAAUUAAAACACAGUUUCUGUUGGUUUAUUUUUUGUGGUUUCAGACAUGCAAAAUGACCAGCAUGUAGGCUAUACAAGAGCAAAAAACAAUGUUUUGUUCCAUCAUUUUUUUGCUGUAUAAAUUUGCACUUGUCCAAGGUGUUUGUUUUUUUUGUUUUUUUUUACCCCCCUGUUCCUUUUUUUUUUUUUUUCAUUGUGACUUUGUGCCUCACUGCUCCUUUCCUGUAAGCACACUGCCACUUCUCUCCUAGACACCCAGACAGCCUGGAUCAUUUCCUGUUCUAAAGCUGUUUCCCCCUCUUCUCUUUUUGGUAACUUCUCUUGUUGUUCCCUGAUUGGCGCUUUCUGUGCUUUCACUUCUCCAAAUUCCCCUCUAACAUGUUGUUGUGCAAUGUCUGUAGACUAAUGCCUCGAUCACAACUUACUGCCACUUCUUCCUGCUCGACUCAGGCGAUUUGUUUCUUUUCUGCAUGUGUCCAUUUUUUUAUUUUAACUUUCCUCACUACUGCUAGACCACCACUGUCUGCUCUUUUGUGUUGUGCCAUCUGAUGCAUUUUGCUGCAAAGCCAAGUGUAAAGCUCUUCUUCAGCUACUACUGUAAAAAACCGAAUACGGCAGCGACGUCGCUGUGCCCGCUCUCGGCCAGAGCUGUGUGUGUACGUAGCGUGGUCCUGUCUUGUUCUUGUUGGUUUCUAUUAACCAUCUACCCAUGAUUAAUGUGCUCACAAGGCCAAUAUAUCUACUUUUUUUUGAUAAAUGAUUUCUUCCUUUGUCAUAUUUUAAAUGAAAUGGAUUGACAAGCACUUAUUGUGUAUCACUAGUGCAGCUACCCAUUUUUUCACCCCUUUCUUUUUUUCCCACCCCUUUUUACAAAAAGAUACUUUUGUCCUUGAGGCAAAAGUCAGUUUUAAUGACUUUUACUGAGCAGUGGUUACGGCAUUACAUGAUAGCUCACCCGUCUCACUGCCAGUGUCUGUUUUAAAACCUUUCCUCAGUCUCUCCUCUCUUUUUCACGUCUCCUUCUUUGGGUUGUUGUUUGUUUCCUUUUUUUUAAUAUCAGAAGCAACUUGUCUGGUUAUUAUAUCGGAUUGCUUAAGGUGUUGUAGCUAAAAAGAUUAUUAUUUUUUUUUUUUUGUAAAGUGUGAAUAAAUUAUGUAUCACGUUUCCUUUCUUUGACAUGGAUUGUGUUGUAUGUAUCAUGAUAUCUAUUUUUUUUUUUGUAAUACUCAAAACCAAAUUUUUUGUAAAGAUGUUGGCACACUGAAUUAUAGAUUUGUAUGGUUGCUAACUUUCACUUCAAGAUACUUUUAAGGAAAAAAAUAUAUUCCGUGAAAUCUCAAGAAAAGUCACAGAGAAAUAAAGAGCUGUCAUUUUGUCACCAAACGCAACUUCUUAAAGCUUUAUGUGACAUUUUCACCUGGUUUUGGAAAGUAUCUGUCAGAUUAGUUUUUUUUGGGGUAGGAGGGCGGCGUAGACGCAGCACUGCCCUCGUUUCCUGUCCUCUUACCUGUUUUCUGUGUCUUG